AUGGAUGGUGCUAAAAAUCUUCAACCUCGACCAGGCGUACGCGGAAUGCAACCAUGGGAAACGAUAUCUCUAGAGGUCGGAGGUAAAGAAUUCAAAGUUACGGGAGUAUCUACAAAGCAUGUUUUAUGGGGAGAGUACACCAGGUUUUUUCUUCGUGCGACUUCAUUCGAUGGGCCAUUGCAGGUUACUGUGGAUAGUAAGCAAGCCGCUCAACUUGAAAAGGAUCUUGAUAUUGAACUAACGGUGCCUAUUCAAUUUAAAGGAUGUAGCAUUUUUAGUAAAGCUUAA